AUGCUCCAGCAGCAGCACCGGGUGUUCAGUAGCACUGUCAGAGGCCGGUUUGGCCGUGAGAGCAGCAGGGGCAGGUUGAAAGCCAUCUUCAGCUCCAUUGCAGGGGCUGCUGUGGGGAUGUUCGCUGGUUGGAAGGCGCAUGCAAUGUCGGCAGCAGCAGACGAAGGCUUCACCGGCGCAGCAGCAGUAGUGCGCCUCUGCCCCGCAGCUGCUUAUACGCCCGACAAGAGCAGCAGUAGAGAAACACCUGACGGCCGUGUGCAAAUAUUUAAGCCACCUCAGGUCCAAGCCUGGCAAGAAUUCGUCGGAUCGCGGGACGGCUUUAUAUCAUUGCAAAUCCUCGCGCAGCCUCCAGCAGACCAGAGGACUGCUGCCGCUGCUGCAGCGGCAGUCCCCGCUGCAGCGCAGCUCGGCGACCAACUGGGAACUAUCCUUCUAAUCGAGAGGUGGAAAAGCCAAGCUGCCCUGCAGGCGGCGGAGACAGAAGCCCACAACCGCGUGGCACGGCUGCGUAUGCAGCAGCUUGACCAGCAGAACCUACAGGAACAGCUGCCCAAGAAGCAGCAGACCGAGCAGCAGCAGCGAGAAAAUUCCGAGCAGCAACAGCAGCUGCAGAUGCUUGCCGAUGCCUUAACCUGGCCCGCCCGCGCCUAUACGAUGGACUCCAGGGCUGCGACGCCGCUGUGGCUGGCCCUGCGCUAA